AUGUUUUCUGCAUUAAAAAGAUUAGCUGGUCGAGGAGAUGCUCCUGAAACAGCAAAUUCACAUCCUAGUCAUCAAACUAUGUCUGCAAAUUUACAGAGAAAAUUUGCCAAAGGUGUUCAAUAUAAUAUGAAAAUUGUCAUUAAGGGAGAUAGAAAUGUUGGUAAAACUUGUUUGUUUUAUAGACUUCAGGGUAAAAAGUUUGUUGAAAGUUAUAUUCCAACUGAAGAGAUACAGGUAGCAAGCAUUCAUUGGAAUUACAAAGCAACAGAUGAUAUAGUCAAAGUUGAAGUUUGGGAUGUUGUUGAUAAAGGGAAAAAGAAAAAAACUUUUGAUGGACUUAAAUUAGAUAAUAGUCAAUUAGAAAUUCCGGAAGAGGCUGCUCUUGAUGCUGAGUUUUUAGAUGUAUACAAAAAUACAAAUGGAGUUAUUUUAGUGAUGGACAUCACAAAAAGUUGGACUUUCAACUACAUUCAAAAGGAGUUACCUAAAAUUCCUGAGCAUAUACCAAUUAUGAUAUUGGCUAAUCAUUGUGACAUGGCACAUCACAGAACAAUCACUCCUCAUCAUUUAACAUUUUAUGUGGAAAAUCUUCAAAGGCAAGUUAAACAAUUAGGGCCAGAAGCAGCUGAAGUCAGGUGUUGCGAGUCUUCCAUGAGAAAUGGUUUCGGUUUAAAAAUUCUUCAUAAAUUUUUCAACUUACCUUUUUUGCAACUUCAAAGAGACACACUUUUAAAACAAUUAGAAACAAAUAAAAAUGAAACGGAAUUGACAAUUAAUGAAUUAGAUCUUUACAUGGAAAGUGAAGAUGCUGAUUAUAACAAGUUUUUAGAUAAGCUAGUGCAAAAGCGAAGGAUUAUUGCUGAUUCAGCUCAGCCAGCACACCUUCAAAAUUCUCAAAGCGUUCAACAAUUACAUCAGCCAGUUUCUAGUAACGUAGCAGCUGCCUCAUCAGAAUCUGAAAUUAAACGUAGUAUGUCUUUUAAUGAAACAUAUAAAAUUGGGCCUAUCGGUGGUGGUCAUCCCAUUUCUUCGGGGCUUCAUAAAACUGCUAUCGGUGUGGGAAAUCCACAUUCUAAAAUUAUUUGUUCUCGUAUUAAUAAUUCUGAUUUUAACACCCAUUCAUUAGGAAAUUCUAAACCAGAACAAAUUUCGCAAAUACCUGAUCGCCCGACUGGAUCCGACACUGUACCGACAAAAGAAGGAGGAGUUGUCGUAGAAGCAAAAUCCAAUAUAAAAGUGGAUAACACAACAACAACAACAACAACAACCGUAGACAAUUUUGUGCCUGAUGAUGGAGCAAUCGAUAGAUUUUUAGAAGAUAAUGGCUCAGAAACAAUAGUAAAUCGAAUGGAAUCUGAUUCUGAAAGUGACAACGAAUUCGGAAAUCCCCUGGUUUCUGGCUUUCAAGACGAUUUAGAUCCGGAAGAUUUUAACAUGGUCAAAAACACAUACAAUGAUAUCAAAACUCCAUCAAAUCAAAAUGUUAAAAUUAGCAGUAAUGCUAUAAGAAGCAAUGACAACAAUUAUUCUUUUAAUAAGAGUAAGAGUCCUAGUUUAAUAAAUGAAAUGAGUGAAGAUUUGGGUUCAAUGACAAUAAAACCUACUACAAUAAAUCAUUUGGAAUUGCAAAAUGAAGAAGAAAAGGUUUCAUACCUAUCUGAAAAUUCAUUGGGUGAAAAUAUCGCGGAUAACAAUUACGAUAUUACCGGCGAGGCUUUAGAUACUUGGUUCAGAUGUGAUAGCAAAUGGAGGAGAAGUCCCGAAGGAGGAGAAGAUAAUCAAAGCAACAAUUGUCAGAAAAUAAAAGAAGAUGCAGAAAGUAUCGAAUCCGAUAAUUUAAACAAUUCUUUAUUAGAUGUUUCGCGCUUGCUUGAAGACAUUGUCAUUCCAUUAGAAAAAAAUUCAUAUUUAGAAACGGAAAUGGUGAGCGAAGACAUCGACGAUAGUCUAUUCGAUAUGGAUUUCGAUUUAGAAUUGGAAAAAAUUCGAUUAGGCUACGAAAUAUUGUAA